ACAAUCCCCAAACACGAUUGCAAAAUUAACCUCAAACGGUAAAGGAAAAUACUGAGCAACUGCAAUCGCCAUUUCCUGUUGAAGAAGCUUAGCUGCUGGUGGCAAUGGCAGCAACAAUUUCCUUAUCUUCGUCGUCGACGCUGGUAUCCGUGCGCUACUCGACGCGAGCGUCCAAAACGACGUCGCAGAGGCGGGGACGCGUCGUUGGCAAUUUGGGGCACUUGGCUCAGGUGGUUCGUAAGGAUAUGGAGUUUCUGAAGAAAGGAAUUAGUCGAGGAGUUGAGUGGGCAAACGAGACUCUUCACGUUCAAAGGGUUUCUAAAACCUUAGACGACUUCUUGUGGCUUCGGUACCUGGAAGAUCCCCACGCUCCUCCUUUACACCCUCGCUCGUGGCCUCAACCUUCAUAUCCAGAACUGUCUGGUGUGGAUUUAUUGUUGGCGGAUCUCAAAGCCUUGGAGGCGUAUGCUGGUUAUCUCUACUAUCUGUCUAAAGCCUGGUCUAAGCCACUCCCUGAAGUCUACGAUCCACAAGAUAUUGCUGACUAUUUCAGUUGCAGACCUCAUAUAGUAGCCUUUCGACUUCUCGAGGUAUUUUUCUCCUUUGCAUCUGCUGCAGUCCAAAUUAGAACUUCUGGGAUCAGAAAGUUCUUAAGACUGAGUUCGUAUAAGGUUAUGGACGGGGACAUGUCACAAUACCAUUUUGGAAUGGUGUUAAAAGAGACAAUGCUAAACCUGGGUCCUGCCUUUAUCAAAGUUGGUCAAUCCCUUUCUACAAGGCCGGAUAUUAUUGGUCCUGAGAUUUCCAAGGCAUUGUCUGAGCUGCAUGAUCAAAUACCUCCUUUCUCCAGGGCUGUGGCUAUGAAAAUUAUUGAGGAAGAAUUAGGUUCCCCUGUGGAAUCAUUCUUUUGCUACAUCUCUAAAGAGCCCGUGGCUGCAGCAUCAUUUGGUCAGGUCUACCGUGGGACUACUGUUGAUGGUUUUACUGUUGCUGUGAAAGUUCAGCGUCCUGAUUUGCUUCAUCUGGUUGUGCGGGAUAUCUAUAUUCUCCGCCUUGCGCUGGGGCUAUUGCACAAAAUAGCAAAGAGAAAAGGUGACCCUCGUCUAUAUGCUGAUGAGCUUGGUAAGGGUUUAGUUGGUGAAUUGGAUUACACAUUAGAGGCUGCAAAUGCUUCAGAGUUUCAGGAAGCUCAUUUGCCAUUUUCAUUCAUUCGUGUGCCCAAAAUGUUUCGGCAUUUAACUCGAAAGAGAGUUCUAACUAUGGAGUGGAUAGUUGGUGAAAGUCCAACUGAUUUACUCUCUGUAUCUACUGGAAACCCUGUUGAUCUUGGCUCACCUUAUUUGGAGAGACAGAAACUUGAGGCCAAAAGGCGUCUUCUUGAUCUGGUUAACAAAGGAGUGGAAGCAUCUCUAGUUCAACUCCUUGAAACAGGCUUACUGCAUGCCGAUCCACAUCCAGGAAACUUGCGUUACACUCCCUCAGGACAAAUAGCGUUUCUGGAUUUUGGUUUACUUUGUCGGAUGGAAAAGAAGCACCAGUUUGCUAUGCUUGCAUCCAUAAUACACAUAGUAAAUGGGGAUUGGGCAUCGCUGGUUCAUGCUCUGACUGAAAUGGAUGUUGUAAGGCCAGGGACUAACAUCCGGCGUGUUACAAUGGAUCUAGAAUAUGCCUUGGGAGAAGUAGAAUUUAAAGAUGGAAUUCCUGACGUGAAAUUCAGCAGGGUUCUGGGUAAAAUCUGGUCGGUCGCCCUCAAAUAUCAUUUUCGCAUGCCUCCAUACUACACACUUCUCUUACGCUCUCUUGCUUCCUUGGAAGGUCUGGCAGUUUCUGGGGAUAAAUCUUUUAAGACAUUUGAAGCAGCAUACCCUUAUGUUGUUCAGAAACUUCUCACAGAUAAUUCAGCUGCAACAAGGAAGAUUCUACACUCGGUGGUUUUAAACAGAAAGAUGGAGUUUCGGUGGCAGAGGCUUGCUCUUUUCUUAAGAGUAGGUGCGACAAGGAAAGGCUUGACUAAGUUGAUAGCAUCUGAUGGUGAGACCUCCUUUGGUUAUGUACCAAAUAGGGUUAAUGCUGAUUUGGAUGUUGCGAACUUGAUCUUGAGGCUUUUAACAUCUAAAGAUGGUGUUGUGCUAAGAAGACUCUUAAUGACUGCAGAUGGAGCUUCACUAAUCCAAGCAAUGGUUUGCAAGGAGGCAAAAUUCUUCCGCCAGCACCUCUGCAGGGUCAUUGCUGGCAUAUUGUACCAAUGGAUGUGCGAAACACUUGGACAACACAUUAAAGUAACCCAGUCUAGUUCCCAAGUCAGAUUAGUCGGUGGACCUGACAACAGAGAGCUAGCUUCAUCUUCCAGAUUGUCCUCACCCAUACGUGAUUAUCAUUCCAUCUUGAGAGAUCGGCGGCUCAAAGUAAUUUUUUUUAAAGUACUCAACUCUACGAGAAGGAGAGACCCAGUAUUGCUCAUGAGGUUCUGUUGGGCUUCUUUUGUAAUGUUCGUCACAGCUUCUGCUCUGGCUUGUCAUCGGCUUCUAGUCUCUCUAUCUGAAACAUAUCUCAGCCCAGUAUCUUUUGCACCCAAGAGAUAUGCGGUCAGCGCAUGACAGGGAGUACAUAUUUUCAAGAUUGAAUGCAACUAUUAUCACCAUUAGUAGACUGUCACCCAUGUGGUAAUUUUAAGAAACAAAGGAUUAUUAGAGCUACACCUUGGAAGAAGGUUGAGAAGAAGAUCAGUAUAUUUGGCUUGAGUUGGUGUGUGGGCCACACUGAUAGCUACCUUAUUUCUCCCAAAUCCUAUGUCCUUGCUGGUAUACGUGCCUCUGGUUAACAACUUUUGAGUUACACUAAUGUUGGUGUCAGGAUCGGCAUUGUAUGCUGUUAGAAGGAUUAUACAAGGUGGGAUGUGUUGAUAAACUGUAUGUAAUAGCUUUCAGCUUGGGCCGAGAAGAAGGGCAGCUGCCUGGGGCUCAUGAUUAUUUUGCCGGUGGUGGUGUAAACAAAUUGUAAUAAGUUUUGCAGUAAUUUCCUGCACUCGGUAAUCUGUUACGAGAAGAAAAUUGUAUUAAAAUUGGUCCGACUCUCUUGUCAAUUCUAUUAGCAAAACAGAAGUACUAUGUCUACACAAGUUUUUAAUAGAAGGUAAGUUACACUUUGCCUUGGUAA